AUGGCCAUAACUGGGGAGUUUGUGGCAGCCCAUUUCACCAUUACUACUGGUACUGAGACUGAUAUUUUUUGCUUGAAGUCUAUCAAAGAUUCUGUGAUAGACCCUUAUGCUUACUUAGACGCUACGUGGGACUUCAACAACUAUACAGAAGGUUUCAUCUGUAGCUUUGUGGGAGUCGAAUGCUGGCAUCCUGAUGAGGAUAAAGUCUUAAAUAUCAGACUCGCUGAUUUAAGGCUCAAAGGCCAGUUCCCUAGUGGAUUUGAAAACUGUACAAGCUUAACGAGCUUAAACCUUUCUUACAAUAAGUUUCAGGGACAGAUUCCAUCUGACAUCUGUAAAAGGCUACCACAUAUUACGAGCCUUGAUCUAUCUUUCAACAAUUUCUCUGGUGAAAUCCCGGCAAGUAUGGCCAAUUGUACUUAUCUGAAUCAUCUCAUAAUCAACAAUAACCAACUGAUAGGUCAUAUCCCACCACAAAUUGGCCAGCUUAAUAGGAUCAAAUUCUUUAAUGUUUCUAACAAUCUAUUAUCAGGGCAGGUGCCGAACUUUGUGAAUGCCACUGUUUCAGAGGACAGUUAUGCAAAUAACGAAGGACUCUGUGGAGGGCCUUUGCAAAAAUGCUCAACUCAUCGAAGCAAAUCCAAAAUGAAGUUUGAUUAUUCAUUCAAAAGUGGGUUUGUGAUUGGUUAUGCGGUCUGUGCGACUUCAGUUGUUGUUGUUUUUAUAUCCUACUGUGUGCCCUGGGUGUAUGUGGGGAAGAAGAAUAAGAAAAUUACCGUAUCAGAAAUGGUGAAGUUGAUGAGGAGGAGGAAGCAUAAUAGAACAGUAGAUGAUCAAGCAGACAAUUCACCAACUGCGGAGCUCUUAGUGGAAGGAACUAAAGAGAUUUCUUUAUUGGAGAAGAGGGUUACAAGAAUGAGCUACGCAGAUCUUCAUGAUGCAACAUAUAAUUUCAGCGAAAACAAUAUCAUCGGAGAGGGGAAGAUGGGGAUACUUUACAAGGCAUCAUUGCCUAAUGGUUAUGUCCUUGCAGUGAAGAAGUUACAUCACUCUCAUUUCCUUGAAAAACAAUUUAUAUCCGAGUUGAAGAUACUUGGUUCAUUCAGACAUGUCAACUUACUUCCACUCCUUGGAUUUUGCAUUGAGUCGAAACAAAGGCUUCUGGUUUACAAAUAUAUGCCAAAUGGUAACCUUUAUGAUUGGCUACACCCCAAGGAGGAAGGUCAGGCAAAAAUUAUGAAAUGGGGAGUGAGAGUUAAAGUUGCCAUGGGAUUAGCAAGAGGCUUGGCAUGGCUUCAUCAGAAAUGUCAUACCGUCAGAAUAAUCCACCUUGACAUUAGCUCAAAAUGCAUAUUACUUGAUAAGAAUUUCCAGCCCAAGUUAUCAAAUUUUGGAGAGGCAAUGCUGAUGAGUUCGACUGACAAUUCCUCCGUAAAUAGCGAGUUUUGGGAGAUGGCAUUUGUUAAGGAAGAUGUACAUGGAUUUGGAGUUGUGCUUCUUGAGUUGAUUACUGGGGUGGAUUUUAGCAACAUAGCUGAUUCCUCAAACAGUAUUCUUAAUGAACGGAUUGAUCAUCUUUUGAGUAGUUCUAAUUCUUAUAGCGUCAUAGAUAAGUCUCUGAUUGGGCAAGGAUUCGACACUGAGAUAUUACAGAUGCUUAAAAUUGCUCGCAACUGUGUUGAUUCCAUUCCAGGUCGAAGACCGACAAUGCUUCAAUUGUAUGACGACAUAAAAGCAAUAAGGGAGAGAUGUGAGCACGUUAAUGAUUCAGAUAUGCUAAUGCAACCUCAAAUUUUGCCUGUUCCUUCAGAAAACAGCACUGUUGAGAUUGAAAUAGCAGAGUCCUGA